UUCGUAUAAUCCACAUCUAGGGCAAGCAGGCUGAGAGUCAAUCCAGCGCUCAGCUCCUCUCUGCAGGCUGGGAAAAGAGUGAGAGAAAGAAGGCAAGAAAACGCUUCCCAAAGCAGGAGGAAACGCAGAAGGAAGAAAUCUGGCAAGCAGAGACUUACAAAGGAAGAUUUGAUCACGGAUAUCAUUUAUAUAUAUAGAAAUUGUUUAUAUAUAUAUAUAUAUAUAUUUGUACACACGCAUAUAAAUAUUUAUAGAAUUAUAUAUGUAUACAUAUAUACCUGUAUAUAACUGUAUUUGUGCUUGUCUGUUUAUAUUCAUAUUUUUAUAUGUAAUUGUGUGUGUGUAAAUAUAUACAUAUAUAAACAAAUGAAUAUAUAUAUCUAUGAAUUUAUAUACAUAUCACUGUGAACCAACAGAAGCAGGAAGAAAACUCGACCAUCGGGGCUGGUCUCUGAUUCCGAGAUCAUACACACUAUUUUUAGCAUUAUUUUUCCAAACCUUUUGCAUCGACUGGAGGAAGACUACCAAUCUUUUUCUAUUUUUCAUCUCCCUGUUGCUACCUCCUCAUCUCUUUUUCUGGAUCGGGAGGAACAAAGAGGAGGAUAACAGGGUUUGUGAAGAUUCCUGGCAUUUGUGCUACCGUUCCGUGAGCCGAGUGGCACUGCGCGCGGUAUUUGAUCUGAGCAGGCAGCAGCAGCAGCAGCAGUGAGAUAGAAAGAGACAGAGAGCGCCGCACCGUGUGAACUAGCCAGCAUGCACAAACAUCAUCACUGCUGCAAGUGCCCAGAAUGCUAUGAAGUGACCCGCAUGGCCGCUCUGCGCAGGAUGGAUGCCCCAGCAUAUGGAGACUGGCAGCCCGAACCCUAUGGAUACCCGGCCGGCUAUGGGGGCGGCCAGACCUUACCGCCCCAAACCUCGGGCGGAGGAGGGGGAAUGAGUGGAGGGGGCACUUUGGGGAGAAGUAAAGGGAAAAUGAUGUCAGCUGGGGGUCCUGGAGGCCCCAACCCCAAGAGCCAAUCCAAGGGCGCCCCCAAGGUGAAUGGUAACAACUCAGGAGGGCAAGGAGGAUGGUGGCCCGAGUGCACCUGUUCCAACCGGGACUGGUACGACCAGGCAAACCCUCCCCCCAUCAUUGUGAACGCAGACUCACUGGAUGCAGGCCCUUAUGUGAACGGGAGUGAUGGCAUGUACAAAUAUGAAGAAAUCAUUCUGGAGAGGGGCAACUCUGGCCUUGGGUUCAGCAUUGCUGGAGGUGUGGAUAAUCCACACAUUCCUGAUGAUCCAGGAAUCUUCAUCACAAAGAUCAUCCCAGGAGGUGCCGCUGCCAUGGAUGGGAGACUAGGGGUAAAUGAUUGUGUUCUGCGCGUGAAUGAUGUGGACGUGUCAGAGGUUGUGCACAGCAAGGCAGUGGAGGCUUUGAAGGAGGCCGGCCCAGUGGUCAGGUUGCUGGUACGCAGAAGACAGGCUCCUCCAGAGACCAUUUUGGAGGUCAACCUACUCAAAGGGCCUAAAGGUCUUGGCUUCAGUAUUGCUGGAGGUAUAGGCAACCAGCACAUCCCGGGUGACAACAGUAUCUACAUCACAAAGAUCAUCGAGGGUGGGGCGGCACAGAAAGAUGGACGUCUGCAGACAGGCGAUCGCCUACUAGCUGUGAAUAACAUUAUACUUCAGGAUGUACGUCAUGAGGAGGCUGUGGCCGCCCUGAAGAAUACUUCAGACAUGGUCUAUCUGAAAGUGGCCAAGCCAGGACCAGUACAUCUCAACGACAUGUACGCCCCACCAGACUACUCAAGCACCUUUCCCACCAUGGUGGACAACCACGUUGGACACAACUCCAGCAUGGCUUACAUGGGGGGCAUGGAGCCUAAACCAGUGUACCAGCCACCCCAGGUCACCCCCUCGAGGUACUCGCCAGUCCCACGGCACAUGCUGGGGGAGGAGGACUUUACCAGGGGCGAGCCCAUUUACAGUGCCAUCCACAAACCUCAUGGGGACACCAGCCCUCCCUCCCCCCAUCUGUGCAGCAGGGGGUCUGGGGAUGUGGGUUGCAGCCCCGCCCCACCUGCUCUGUGUCAAAGCCUGGUCCCGUACACCGGCAGGGAGCCGCGGAAGAUCCUACUGCACAAGGGUUCCACAGGUUUGGGAUUCAACAUUGUGGGCGGGGAGGACGGAGAGGGCAUCUUCGUGUCUUUCAUCUUGGCAGGGGGGCCAGCCGACCUGAGUGGAGAGCUGAGGAGAGGAGACCGCAUCCUGUCGGUGAAUGGUGUAAACCUGCGCAAUGCUACCCAUGAGCAGGCUGCUGCUGCACUGAAGAGGGCUGGACAGACGGUGACCAUCAUUGCCCAGUACAGACCAGAAGAAUACAGUCGUUUUGAGUCCAAGAUCCACGACUUGAGGGAGCAAAUGAUGAACAGCAGCAUGAGCUCUGGCUCCGGCUCCCUCCGCACCAGUGAGAAACGCUCCCUCUACGUCAGGUAUCUUCUUCAUCCUCCGAUUCCUUCAUUCAGUUGUACUGAUAUUUGACAUAUUUGUGUGAAA